AUGGGUCCGGUUCUGGUGGUGUUGGUGUUGAUGUUGGGGGCAGCGGUGGUGGUGACGCCCUGCAUGCCGGGCGGCCUCUGCCCGGUGCCCAAAGAUGACCCCGGGGUGGUGAACGCGAUCCGGGUAGCGGAGGAGGACUUCAACCGCAAAUCUAAAGACUUCUUUUACAGCGCUGUGUCGAAUGUGAUAUCGGCCCAGACACAGGUGGUGUUUGUGCUCAUGUAUCAUCUUACCCUGGAGCUGAGAACCACCGUCUGCAAGAAGAGUUCUGUUUCCCGGAACUGUCCCUUCCACGAGGAUCCUCAGUAUGCCAAGAGAUUCAGCUGUAGAUUUAAAGUCUGGGACCGCCCGUGGCUCGGGGCCGUGCAGAUGAUUGAAGAGCAGUGCGUCAGGGUGACAAAGUGA